AAAUUUCACGUAAAAACUCCUUCAAUUUCAUUGUUCAAUCUUCUUCUUCUUUACCCAAUGCAAAACCCUAGUUUCUAUGGUCAAUCACCACCAACCCCACCCCUCUGAACCCCUACACCACCUCAUGUCCCUGCCCUCGCGAGCUCCGACAUGGUUCUCGUCGCGCAGAGUCUUAGAGCAAAAGCUGGAAGAGAUUCACAAAUGCACUAACUUGAGCCAUGUGAAACAAGUUUACGCGCAGGUCAUCAGACAGAAUCUGCACGACGACCUCUACGUUGCGCCGAAAUUGAUAUCGGCUUUCUCUGUUUGUCGCCAGAUGGCGUCUGCCGUCAGCGUUUUUAAGCUAAUUCCUGACCCCAAUGCGCAAUUGUACAAUAUUUUGAUUAGAGCCCAUGUGCAGAAUUCUCAGGGUAUGCAGGCCUUCGCUACCUUCUUUGAGAUGCAGUCUAAUGGAGUUUUCCCUGAUAAUUUCACUUACCCUAUUCUUUUAAAGGUGUGUUCGGGCUUGCAAAUGGUUCAAAUGAUACAUGCCCAUAUUGAGAAAGCAGGGCUUUUUAGUGAUAUUUUUGUGCCAAACUCCCUUAUAGAUAGUUACUCAAAGUGUGGUGUUUUGGGUAUUGAAGAAGCGAGGAAGUUGUUUUUGGUAAUGGAACAUAGAGAUACUGUGUCUUGGAAUUCCAUGAUCUGUGGAUUGCUGAACUCUGGCGAGUUGAGUGAAGCUCACAAGUUAUUUGAUGAAAUGCCAAAUAGAGAUAUAAUUAGUUGGAAUACUAUGUUGGAUGGAUAUGGCAAAGCGGGAGAGAUGGAUAAGGCAUUCCAACUGUUUGAGAGUAUGCCUAAGAGGAAUGUUAUAUCAUGGACAACAAUGGUUUUGGGAUAUAGUGAAGCAGGGGAUAUGGAUAUGGCCAGAAUUUUAUUCAAAAAGAUGCCUGUUAAGAGCUUGGUUUCUUGGACCAUAUUCAUAUCAGGUUUAGCAAAAAGAGGUUUGGCAAGGGAAGCAAUUAGCUUUUUUGAUGAAAUGGAGCAGGAUGGAUUGGAGCUGGAUGAUCGUGCUAUUGUUAGUAUAUUGGCUGCUUGUGCAGAGUCUGGUUUGCUAGGCCUGGGUUUGAGAGUGCAUGCUUCCAUUGAGAGGACUAGAUUUAGAUGUAGCAUUCCAGCAUCCAAUGCACUGGUUGAUAUGUAUGCAAAGUGUGGUAGCUUGGAUAAGGCGUUGAGUGUCUUUAAUGGGAUGCCAAAGAAGGACAUGGUAUCUUGGAAUGCCAUGCUGCAUGGGCUUGCCAUGCAUGGACACGGUAGAAAAGCACUGCAGCUUUUCUCUAGAAUGAAGCAAGAAGGAUUUCAGCCGGAUAGAGUUACUUUUAUUGGUUUGUUAUGUGCCUGUACCCAUGCAGGCUUUGUUGAUGAGGGCGUUGAAUACUUCCAUACAAUGGAGAGAGAUUAUGGGAUUGUUCCCCAAGUUGAGCACUAUGGUUGCAUGAUUGAUCUUUUGGGUCGUGCAGGGCAUCUAGAAGAGGCUUUUAGGCUUGCUUAUACCAUGCCUAUUGAACCAAAUGCCAUUAUUUGGGGCACCCUUUUGUUAGCUUGCCAGAUGCAUAAUGCUGCAAAACUGGCAGAGAAGGCUCUCUAUCACCUUGUCCAGUUAGUACCGUCGGAUCCUGGAAACUAUUCCAUGCUGUCAAAUAUUUUUGCUGCAGCAGGUAAUUGGAAAAAUGUUGCAAAUGUAAGGCUCCGAAUGAAGACCACAGGAGUCCAAAAGCCAGCCGGAGUUAGUUCCAUUGAACUUGAAAAUCAGGUCCAUGAAUUUACUGUUUCUGAUAAGUUGCACUCUAAAUCUGAUAAAAUAUACCAAAUGCUUCACAGAUUGGAUCAAGACCUUAAACAACAUGCACAACCCAAAGAUAUACCAAUAGAAGUUGGCGAGCUGUUGAUUUAAGUGGAUGCUCUGCAACAAAAGCUGCUUUUACUGUGGGCACAUUUCAGUUAUAGUGACAAAAGAACUUUGUGGAAAACCUUUAUUUGGGAAAGAUCUUCUAUUUCUUGGAGAAAGCCUUCAUAAGCUCUUUGCUAUGUUUUAGUGUCUACUACUUGUACAUGUAUCAAAGUUUCUUUAGAUAUCAAGGAAAUACAUAGUUUUUCAACUA